AUGGCUAGAAAGAUGAAUCGAGGACUUCGAUCCUCACAAUUGGUAUCAGAGCAACAAGAAACUGAAGCGGGCGCUGAGGAUUUCUUGAACGAUCAGGUGGAAGUUGAGGUGGAUGAGCAUACUCCAGAUGAUAGAUUUGCUCGAUUAGAGGAUGCUGUUAUCAAGAACAGUUCUUUCAGUCGACAACAGGAUUCUUUCAAUCAGAGAUUUUCAACACAGAUGGGUGAGCUCUCUUCUAAGCUGGAGUUUCUAAUCCAAGAGUUCAAGAAUUUCAAGAAUUCUGACCAAGGAAUUCUUGGCUCUGGACCGAGGGAAGAUCACAGGAAUCUGAAUUCAGGUUCACGAGGAGCUGGUGAUUCCCAUAGGAGUGAUCACAGUAAUGGAUAUCAGACCCUAAGUCGAAUGACUCCUGAAUUCAGUGGGGAAUUUCAACCUGUCAACAGCUUUGGUAAUGUAUCAACUCCAAGAAACUCUUUCUUUAGCAAUCAAAAACUUGUUCAACCGAAAUCUUUACGGCUGGAUUUUCCUUCUUUCUCUGGAUCUAAAAAUAUUAUAGCUUGGUUAGAGCAAACUGAACAAAUUUUUGAGUAUUAUGAUAUUAAAAAAGAUGAAUGGGUCAAGGUCUGUUCAUUCUACCUAAGGGAUGAAGCCUUGCAGUGGUAUAGAUGGCUCACUAGGAAUAUUAAAGACUAUUAUCAAUGGACUGUUUUUAAAGAAGAAAUUAUAACAAGAUUUGGUCCUAGUGAACUCACGAGGCCAUAUGAUGCUUUCUCAAUCAUGAGACAGACUUCUACAGUCAGGGAGUACUUGGGAAAAUUUGAGCAAGCAUUAGGAUUGUUAGAUGAUCAACCCUCUAGGAGACACAUUCUUGAAAGGUUUAUAGGGGGAUUGAAAGAUGAAUCGAGAUAUGAUGUUUCAGCAGCUAGACCAACUUCUUUAAAAGGAGCUGUAUCCUUGGUAAAAUUAUUUGAGGACAAGCAGAAAAAUGAAAGGAAAUAUAAGGGUCAUUGGAGUUUUUCAAACUCAGAAGGUUCUUCAAUGAACAAAUCACAAAAUCCUUCUCUUAAAUCUUCAGAUCCUCAAGCAGUCAGACCCUUCCACCAGUUUAAGAAAUUGACCCCUGAAGAUAUACAAAAAAGAAGAAGUCAAAACCUGUGUUUUACAUGUGAUGAAAAAUGGCAUAGGGGUCAUCAGUGCAAAGGAAAACAAUUGUUUGUCUUAGAAGGAAUCAUAGAGGGUGAACUGGAUAGGACUGAAGAAGAUUUUGGAGAGGAGGAAGAAGGAGAUUCUAAAGUCAUGGAGUUGGUUGAAAGCCUGGUCAGGGGAGCUCCCUCUAUUUCAGUACAUGCAUUGAAUGGAAUUACUGCUUCCCAUAUAAUUAGGGUGGUAGGAUAUUACAAAAAUCAGGUUGUUAACAUCUUAAUAGAUUCAGGAUCUACACACAAUUUCAUCAAUACCAAACUGGUUAAGAAACUGGGUAUAACUGUGACAGAAUCAAGUAAUUUUGAGGUUCUAGUAGCCAGUGGUGAACUAAUUAAAGGAGGAGGAGUGUGUCCAGGGGUAGCUUUAGACUGCCAAGGGGUGAAUAUUCAGGUUAACCUAUUGGUUAUGCCUAUGGGAGGAAGUCAAGUGGUCCUAGGGGCUGACUGGAUGAGAACAUUAGAGGAUAUUACUCUGAACUUCAAUAAGCUACAGGUGACAUUCAUGACUGAGGGGGUUAAGAAAACUUUGCAGGGGGUACUUCCAGAAGAUUUGCAGUUGGUUGACAGUAAGCAAAUUGCAAAAACUAUCAGGGAACAAGAGCAAGGGUUCUUCAUCCAAUUGUGCAGUGUGAGUCUACAAAGGUGCACAACAGAAGGUGCACAGGGAGACUUACCUACAGAAGUGCAAGAACUGAUACUAGAAUUUGAAGAUGUAUUUCAGGAGCUACCACAUCUUCCUCCUAGAAGGGACAUAGAUCAUAAAAUUCCACUGGAAGAUGGCACAAAACCAAUCUGUAUCAGACCAUACAGGCAUGCACGUUUUCUAAAAGAUGAAAUUGAGAAACAAGUGGAAGACAUGCUUAACAAAGGAAUCAUUAGACCUAGCAACAGUCCUUUCUCUUCUCCAGUUGUGAUGGUAAAAAAAUCUGAUGGGGGGUAG